AUGGGGAUCAGAGUGAUUCCUUUAUGGUUGCCGCAUUCCGAACGCGAGCCUCCUUUGAAGAUGGGAACAAUAACGGAGCGGCUCCAAUCAGUUGCGCCAGUUUCUUGCUCCCACAGUUUCACUGGUAAUUCGUGUAAAUCGUCUACAAGAGCAUGGCCCCCGAAUUUGGAGUGGGCUGGAUGGCGAUCAUCUGGUGCCUCGGCUUUGUUCAACUUCAACAGUCCGAUCUCACAUUUGAUUCCUGAGCGAGCUGGUGGAUGCAAAG